ACCAGAAGGUCGUCAUCCUCUAAAUCAAUCUCUUCUUUAUCCUACUUGACAUAUGUCGACAUUACCGACGCAGGCACACCCCUUCCGGCCCUUCGUCGUGUCUUUCACGCAUCGGGCCCUACCAGUUUACCGAUGCUGCGUCGAGCUCCCCAUUCCGUGGCUGUAAACCGUGGAGCGCUCUGCCACAAGAUCCAACGUCUCCCUUUCACUAAAAUUGCAAGAUUUCUGGAUAUCCCAAGAAACAGGUCUCGCGAGUAGAAACGACUAGAAAUUUCUAUAAUCAUUUCGAGAUUUCCAGAUAGAUUUCAAGCCUAGGCGGCACUGGUCUCUGAUUGGGACGAAUGUUAAUAUGGUUCUCCAAGACAGAACAGUAUAUGAGUCUGUAUGGAUGAGAACAGCCCAUUGAUUAUUCCAUCUUCACAGUCGCAGCCUUGUCCCAAAUGCAGACAAUGAGUGUAUUUCCGUCGAAUUUGGAGUAUUUGGACGCACCCAAGUCUCAAUGUGAGCACAGCGGUUCUUGCAUCCCCAGGCGGAGGAGGAGACAAUUGGUUUUUGGUGCCUCGGUUAGAUGCAAUAGCUAUAGGGAUUGCUUUCCAAGUAAUGGCUUCAGUUUGUCUUCUUCCUUCGGCAAUCCAAGGGUCUACCAGUGUAUGCAAUGCCACUCUAGAGCGUGGCUUGAGCAAGAACCCUCCGUCUGCGAGCAAAUUGAUGACGAAAAGGAUGAUGUUUGUAGCAAGGCUGUCGAUUGGAAGCUGGACUCAGUUGUGGGUACAGAAUCUGAAGACGGGUAUGAAGGAAAAAGUGAGAAUAACGUUUCAUCCAAUACAGAAGGAGGAAACAGAGGUUUCGUUAAUCGCAGAAGUUCCAGAAUUGACGUCCGGGCUCUUGCGCAGAGAUUAAAAUUUUCAGAAGGUGUGGAGGACGUGGAAAAGGUUUUGAAGGGGAUGGAACUGCCUCCUCCUGUAUAUUGUUCAAUGAUUAGGGGUUUCGGGAUCGACCGGAGGCUGUCGCCUGCAUUCGCCCUCGUUGAAUGGCUUAAGAAAAAGAAGGAAGCCGGUCGUGCUGAUGUGCUAAACAUUUAUAUAUACAACAGUCUCCUUGGUGCAGUCAAGGCAUCUGAGCAGUUUGGUGAAACAAGAAGGGUCUUGAAUGACAUGGAGGAGCAGGGGAUCCUUCCAAACAUUGUCGCUUACAAUACAUUGAUGGCUAUCUACUUAGAGCAAGGAAUGAUUAGAGAGGCACUCAACAUUUUCGAGGAGAUUCCAUCAAAAGGCCUUUCUCCUAGUUCAGUUUCUUACUCAACAGUAUUGCUGGCAUACCGAAAAAUGGAAGAUGCAAGUGGCGCAGUUCGGUUUUUUGGUGGGAUACAAGAGAUGUACAGGGAUGGAGAAUUUGGACGAGACUCAACUGAAGACUGGGAAAGGGAAUUCCAUAAGAUUAAGAAUUUCACUAUCAAAAUUUGCUACCAGGUAAUGCGGACAUUGCUUGUCAGCGGGGAAAAUGUUACUCUGGAUAUCCUAAAACUUUUCAAUGAUAUGGACAAGACGGGCCUUCAGUUCAGCAGAGCUGAGUAUGAACGUUUGGUGUGGGCUUGCACAAGCGAAGAUCAUUUCUCUGUAGCAAAGGAAGUUUAUACAAGAAUAAGAGAGAGUGGACCAGAGAUAAGCCUAUCAGUUUGUAACCACGUUAUCUGGUUGAUGGGGAAGGCUAAGAAAUGGUGGGCGGCCCUGGAGAUCUAUGAGGAGUUGCUGGACAAGGGACCGAAGCCGAACAAUUUGUCAUACGAGCUUAUCGUAUCUCACUUCAAUGUUCUACUCACAGCAGCCAAGAAAAGAGGAAUCUGGAAAUGGGCAGUGAGACUGAUAGAGAAAAUGCAAGACAAAGGUCUAAAACCGAGUAGUCGGGAGUGGAACUCUGUUCUGAUUGCAUGUGCAAGGGCUUCCGAAGCAUCGGUGGCAGUUCAGAUAUUCAUGAGGAUGGUGGAGCAGGGUGAAAAGCCAACAAUUCAUUCUUAUGGGGCUUUGCUUAGUGCACUUGAGAAAGCUAAGAUGUAUGAUAAAGCUAUCACUGUCUGGCAGCAUAUGUAUAAAGUCAAUGUCCAGCCAAAUUUAUAUGCAUAUACAACCAUGGCCUUGAUCUAUAUUGGAAAUGGGAACUACAAGAACGUGGAUGCACUUGUGCAAGAGAUGGUUUCACGUGGAAUUGAGCCAAGUGUUGUCACUUUUAAUGCCAUAAUCAGUGGCUGUGCACGUAAUGGCUUGGGAAGUGUUGCAUUUGAAUGGUUUCACCAUAUGGAAGUUAGGGGUGUUGCACCAAAUGAGAUAACAUAUGAAAUGCUGAUCGAAGCUCUUGCCAAAGAUGGCAAACCAAGACUUGCAUAUGAUGUCUACUUGAGAGCAAGAAAUGAAGGAAAGAUUCUUUCUUCCAAAGCCUACGAUGCUAUCUUGAUGUCCUCACAGACUUAUAAUGCAAGCAUAGACGCAAGUCUUUUGGGACCUCGGCCUCCUGGAAGGAGGGUGGAUGGAAAGACUAGCUCAGAAUUAUUUGGUGUAGAAGAUGCGGCUAGAAGAGGAUGAUACUUGCAAAUGGAGGAGUACGAAUGAUGUGAAGAGAUAAACAUGUAAUUGAAAGUUAGGGCUGCAAUAUCAACUGGCUUGCAGUCUCUUCACUUGAUGUACAGUUCCCAUUAUAUAUAAUUCACUUGAUGAUAUUUCCAAGUUGAUUUUCAUGCAUUUGUUUCUUAUUAUUUGUGCCAGAAGAAAAUUGAGUUGCGUGUUUUCUUUUUCCUUGUACCUGAGCGCUUUAAAUGCUCUGCAUUG